GUAUGUGGGUGAAUUAAAUUUAACCUAACCGAUGAUCAAUUAUGAAUGACCGAAUUCCAGCUAUGAAAAAUUCAGAGAAUAACAAUUGUGAACCACCAAAAACACAAAAGCAGAGCAUCUCUCUCUCUCUCUAGAACAUGCAGAGGCAGUCACUGGGUUCUCCCUCGUCAAAGCUCGUGAAGGAUGAAUCCCAAUCUCCAUCAUCAUUUCUUGGAGAGGAAUGCCAGCAACAAGAAGAAGAAGAAGAGCAGCUCAAGAAGCUCAAGCCCAAAACCCCCAUGCCUCAAUCCUACAUUCACCUCAUUCCUCUUCUCACCCUCCUCUGUUUCCUCAUUCUCUACCUCUCUUCCCACAACCCCUCUCUAAACGAUUUGGCUGACUUCAAUGCUAUUUCUGACCCUGCUGAGAACAUUUCGGAAUUGGAAGGAAUAAUGGAGAUUGAUAAAGGAGAUAUCUUGGCCAUACGGAGCUUGAAGAACUUGAAGCUGCAGGAGGCCAAGCACCGCCGCCUCCACCGCAAAAUCCCCCAUUUUUAGCCCCUUUUUCUCCUCCUAACAAAUUUACAACAUUUGGUUUUCCUUCUUCUGUCGGUGGCAUCUUUCAAUCCUCUCUCUUUUUCAUUUUUCUUUUUUUCUACUCCAUUUCUAAUGUGAAUUUGAUUGCGAUUUUAACUAUUUGCACACGUGUAAUUUUUUUAUAUGCAUAUCUAAUUCAUGAAUUGUGAUUCUUCUGUACAGGUGUAUAUAGCUUGAGUGCAAUAGUAGUUGUUUAAUUCUACUC